AGAAAAUGGAAGGCUGUGCUAGCUAGCUAGCCGUGCGAAUCCAUUAAUAACUGGAAAAUAAUCGUUUAUAAUCAAGGUGCAAAAAGAAAGAAGUGGAAUGACACUUUACAAGUCCUGAAAAUUAGGUUUUGGCAGCCAUCUGCUCAUUGGUUGCAGAGCCUUGCCAACUGUAGAGGUCAAUAUGGACUCAAUUGAAAAUAACAGCGUCACUGAUGAUAGUAAUUCAGAGGAACAGCAAAGCCAGUCAGACGGUGGAGGAGAGACAAGUGUUAGACCGACCAUGUCUCAGGUUAAAAAGUCCUGGGGCUUCAGGCGGACGACCAUCGCUAGAAGAGAGUUCUUGGAUGAAGUCGGAGACCUAACCCACAGUCCUCCACCCACACGCAGAGGCAGAAAUCGUCGAAACAACCAGACACCCCAGCCUGCUCCAGAAGCCCACACCCCCGAGAGAGCUUCUCAUACAACUAGGAGUGUUUUAGAUGAGCUUGAGUGGUCCGCCCCAUCAUCACCUGUAGCAGAGGAAAGCAAGCCAGCAUCAGAAGCUUCUGCGGGAGGGAGCCUUGACCCCAGCUUAUGGCAAGAUUUUGGGUCUGCCUUCCACACUGCUUUCUCACUGCUCGGCGGGGGCGAGGGCUUGUCGCUGGAAAUGUCAGAUGAGCUGGCAGUCCCUGACAUUUUGGAAGCUCCUGAUGCUGUCGAGGCCCCUCCUCCACAGGUUAUGGAAGAAACUGAUAAUGUUGAAUCAGCCGAUGACAUGGAGAUCUUGCAGCCUGGUGUUUCUGAAAAUGUGGCAGGGGGGGAGGAUGAUGAUGUGGUGUUGAUAUCUAGUCAAGAUGAGGACAGUGAUGAAAUGACACUGCUACAGAUUAAAGAGCAGAUGGCAUCUAAAAGCAGGAAGGUUGACACAGAAGCUAGAGGGAGAGGUGGUAGAGGAAGGCCCAGAGGAAGGCCCAAAGGAAGGGGGAGAGGCAGGGGGAGAGGUAGGGGAAGAGGUAGAGGAAGGGGCAGAGGGAGGGGCAGGGCAGCAGCGCUUCAGUCAAACAUUGUUGACGAUGAGGAUGAUGAUGAUGAGGUGGUGCUUGUUAAUCCAGCUGAGCAGCAGCUGCAAGAAGAAGAAAAUGAAAACGAUUCACUCAGCCUCACUGGAAUAGAGUUAUCAUCUGCUAACUCUGACAGCCCUGCUCAGCAAUCAAGCUUAGACUGCAUAAUCAUAGACACUGAUUUAGACCAGGUUACUGCUGUCAUUCCUGGCCAGUAUGAUGAUGCACCAGAGGAGGAGGAGGUGGAGGAGGAGAAGAAAGACGAUAAGUGUGUAGAAGAGAGCACAUCAGACACAGAGGGCUCCGACCCCAACGCUCUGUACUGCAUCUGUCGACAAAAACAAGAUAAAAGGUUCAUGAUCUGCUGUGACAGUUGCCAGGAGUGGUUCCAUGGUGACUGUGUUGGUAUCACUCAGGCGCAGGGCCGGAAGAUGGAGAGGAAAGGGGAGGAGUACAUCUGCCCCCCCUGCACUUCAAAGAAGCAAAUCCAACUCCAACCUGAGCCUCAGCCAGAGCCAGAGCCAGAGCCAGAGCCAGAGCCAGAGCCUGAGCUUAGCUUUCCCGAAUGCUCGACACCAACUCCUCUGGGUGAAGAACAGGAAGGCCAUCAGCAGCAGCAAGACCUCAAGGAGACUGUAGUGGUGGUGGAGGAGGAGGAGAAGGAGGAAGUGGAGGCCCCUGUUGUGAAGCUAGAGCCUGAGUCCGAAGCUGAGAUGGAGACGAAAAGCUCUAUUCCUCUGUGCAUCGGACCGGGGUGCUCCAAACCGGCCCUGCAGGACUCUGUUUACUGUGGCACUGACUGCAUCCUUCAGCACGCUGCCUUCACGAUGAAGACUCUUUCUGUUCCUAAGAUGCCCAGGCCCAGAGGACGGCCGCCGAAAAAAGCUGCUGUUGGCCGACCCACCACAAAGGGUCAAAAGUCGGGUAGGAUGUCAAAGAGAUUAGCAGGAAAAGUCGAGGAAGAGGAGGAGAUGAAGGAAGCUGGAGGAGGGCAGGAGGAGGCUGCAUCUCCCUUAGCCUGCGACCCCAGUCUCACAGAAGCUCAGGCCACUACCAUACCAUCAUCUAAGUUUUACACAGCGUCUACUGAGGACAGUAAACAGGAAGAGGCUGACAGUGAGGCUGUUACUUCUUCAAAGGACACCUUGACAGAUGCUGUUCCCUCCUCCCAGCCUGUCGCAGAGCCAGCCCCACCACAGAGCCACUCUCAAGCAAAAGAAAAGGUGCCAACCAACAGUGGUGUGCCUAAUCAGCAAUCUGCAGAAUCAGAUCCCCCUCUACCACCCAACCCAGCUAAAUCUAGUCUGUCUCCGGCUUCACAAAAUCCAUCCACUUCAGCUCCCAGACAUCAUGAAACAGGAGCCCUCAUAGUCACUAAGACCCCAUACGUCAUCCCAAAGAAGCAGCCUGCACCCAAGCCUCCGUCCAGCAAUGUGUCAGCUUCCGCAUCAGGCCAAAAACCUUCCUCAGCCCCAACGCUGCUGAAUGAAACCAGAAAUCUGCUGGUGCCACCUGCACCCAGUGCUCCGUCCUCCAGACCCUCUCAGCCCAAUAACCAGGUCAGACAGAGCAUCCAGCGCUCGCUCACCAGCAUCCUGUUCAAAAGGGUGUGUGAUUGUGAAGAUUUGGAUUUGUCUGAGAGUGAAGUUGCAAAGCUUGUCGCAAGCAUUGAGAUGGAGAUGUUCGACAUAUUUCGCAACACAGACAGCAAAUACAUGAACAAGUACAGAACUAUCAUGUUCAAUCUGAAGGACCCAAGAAACAAGGGCUUGUUGUGCCGGGUUGUACGUGGAGAGAUUAGUCCCUUCAGACUGGCCAGGAUGAGCCAGAAGGAUAUGCAGGCUACCAAAGCAUCUGAGCCAAGUCCAAAGGAAAAACAAACAGAGGUCAAGGAUUCUAAAUCAACAAGUUUGCUGCAGAACCCUGAACCAGUGAAGGUUGAUUUGCCCAGUUUAAAUCCAGCAACUACUAAAGUGACAAGUUUGCUGAAGAAGUCUGAACCAGUGAAGGUUGAUUUGCCCAGUUUAAAUCCAGCAACUACUAAAGUGACAAGUUUACUGAAGAAGCCUGAACCAGUGAAGGUUGAUUUGCCCAGUUUGAAUCCUUCUAGACCCGAUAGAAGCAUGGUUGCUUCCCAGGAAAAGAGGAAAAGUCUUCCUGCUCCUGCUCUGAAGACCAGAAUAAACCAGCCAAGCCAGGGCAGUGCUGUGCCAGAUAUUCUUGCCUGCAUGCUAAAGGACACAACAUCAGAGCACAAAGCUCACCUGUUUGACCUGAAAUGCAAGAUUUGCACAGGCCAAAUACUAGCUGAGGAAGAGGAGGAGCCGACAAAGAAAAAACCCAAGGUUUCUGAAACAAGAGAAAAACAUGAACCCUUUUGGAAAAGGUCUGCAGGAGAUGACUCCCCUCUGCGGGCUCCACCAGACUCACCUGAUAUGGAUUCUCCAACAUCAUCCUUAAUGGACCCUUCAUCCCGCCUUAUCAUUGAUGCUCCACCGUUGACUAUAGUUGAAUCCCCUGCAUCCCCCAUAAUGGACUCUCCAGCCUCCCCAAUGGAGUCUCCAGCUUCCCCCAUCAUGGAGUCCCCUGCAUCCCCAACUCAAGACACCUAUAAAAGCACAAAACGAAAGAGAGCAUACACACCAGUUGUGAUUCCAGCUGUGUCCACAGUAACCAUCACAAGGCGGGAUCCCCGCACUGCAGCAAGCAGGUUCUGUGCUUCUAGUGGCACCUCUGGUCCCAGUAACACAACUCAUAACCAAUCAGUCCCUUAUGCUCCUCUUAAAGACACUAUCUCUGCACCGCCCUCAGCACCAGUCCCCUCCCGACCACCAACGAAACCAUUACCAAAAUCUAUCUUAAUGAAGCCAUCUUCCUCUGCAGAUCCCAGACUCUAUGGCACAUCCUCAAGGACCGUGAUUUCUGAAUCCCCAGCUGAUGGUGAGACUUCUCAGUUCUUGGCUAAACAAGACAUACUGUGGAAAGGUUUCCUAAACAUGCUCACUGUGGCCAAGUUUGUCAGCAAAGCGUAUCUGGUUUCAGGAUCUGCUGAAAUUGUCAAAGAGGAUCUACCUGAUACAAUACAAAUUGGAGGACGAAUCCUUCCUCAAACAGUGUGGGACUAUGUUGCAAAACUAAAGACCUCUGUUACAAAGGAGUUAUGUGUGAUCCGCUUUCACCCUGCAACAGAGGAGGAAGAAGUGGCCUAUGUCUCCCUGUUUUCCUAUUUCAGCAGCAGAGGUCGUUUUGGUGUGGUCGCCAAUGGUUGCCGUUCCAUCAAGGAUGUAUACCUUGUCCCACUCAGUGCAAAGGAAUCAAUCCCAUCCAUACUACAACCUCUUGAAGGACCAGGGCUUGAAAAAAACAGACCCAAUCUCCUUCUGGGUCUGGCCGUCAUCCAGAAGUCAAAACGUCCAGGAGGCUUGCCUCAAGAGAUUGAAGAGAAAAGACCCAAAGUUCAUUUGUCCAAAGACCCUAUGUGGAUCCCAAAGCCCCCAGCUCUUUAUGGGUCUGACAAGUUGGAGGUAUUCCAACCCUAUGAUCCAGAGACUCCUGCUAGCACCACCCCACCUUGCUCUCCUCCUUGCCCUGGAUCACCAUCAGACUCUUCCUCCUCUGGCUCAGUUACCAUACCAUCUCGACUGACUGCAAUCAAAUCAAACCCUCCCUCUUCCACCUCAACUGCUUCCACUCAGUCCACCUCUAAUAGGAUCUCUGACAAAAACCCCACAUCAGCAUCCAGUAACAACUCACCACUGCGGACUAUUUUGAAAAGUUUGUUUGGCAAUAAGCAGUCUGAGUCUGUGGCCUCUUCUGAUGGAAGCUCCACAACAACAGUUAGUGAUAAGAAGGUCCCAGUGUUUUCUCAGGUGUCUGGAUCAAUGGUAGAUCCAAUUGUUCAACAGUAUGGACAGAAAUCAAAAGUCAAAAAAAUAGAAGACAAAGAGGAGAAUGACUUUGACCGACCAUAUGACCCAGAAGAGGAGUAUGAUCCAGGAAUGGGAUAUGGAAUGGCUGCUCCUCAGUGCAUAGAACAAAUCAAGGCAGAUGGCCCAAAAACAUCAAGGAUUGUAGACGAUGAUGUUGCCUAUGAUCCAGAGGACGACACUAUCUUUGCAGAUAUUCAAAGUGAUAAUACUGUGAAAAAGCCUCCUGUUCAAACUCAAACAUCAGAUUCUUCACCAUGCCCAACCCCAGUAUCCACCCAGACUGUAACACCAGCUCCCACAUCCUCUCCAGCCCAAACCUCCACCCCAGCUGGCACAUUGCAGAACAUUCCUACAGGCACUGUGGUUGUUUCAGCUGCAACACUAACUGAACAACAGCGGAUGCUUGAGGAGCUCAAUAAGCAGAUUGAAGAGCAAAAACGGCAGUUGAAGGAACAGGAAGAGGCACUGCGUCAACAGAGAGAGGCGGUGGGUAUGUUCAUGGCACACUUUUCUGUUUCUGAUUCCUUGAUGUCGCCACCACAAAAAUCUUUGCCUCUCAGUCAACUGUCAGAAACAAAAGACAAGACCAACAACCUUACAGAGACUCCCAAGAGUUCAAACAUGGAUUCACAAAUUGUUAAGCGGGAGGACGCAACUGCCAUCCCUAAAUCAGAAAAUGAUACAGAUACUGUUACAGAGAAAGAUCAAACACAGGGAAAUGUUAAGGAAAGUGACAAGUAUUCCUCUGCUGGAGAGAUUGCAGAUUCUGACGUAGCUUAUGAUCCAGAGGAUGAAUCACUUUUCAAUGAAAUUCAAGAUGAUGUGUUUCAGAGUGGCAGUAUAAAGACUCGUGAUUCCUCUUUGUCUAGAACAGGGCAUAGUGCCAGCCGCAAAGGCACUUCUCAGAAUUCACACCAUAGUAGAAAGCGAAAGCUCUCACCAAAGAAGCGGAGUCAUCGUGAAAGGGACCGCCAUAAAAGUCCUUCAAAGAGAUCACAGCAGCGUUCACCUUCACAUUCCCGGAGAUGUAGAGAAAGGGAUAGAAACAAGAGAAGUGACAGAGACAGGUCAAGGCAUAGAGCUAGAGAGCAGUCUGAGCACCACGGUCGCCACCGAAAAGAGCAUACUACACGCCGCCAUUCUCAUGGGCGUAGAAGAUCCCCAUCAACUCCUAGAAAAAAAGAUUCUGGGUCCUUUUCACCAAAACAGCACAGAGGACCUUCCCCUGAAGUCCUCGAGAAAUCGAAGCCUAUUAGUGUUGUGUGUAAUGCUUUAGACUCUUCAGACUCUGUUGUUGGAGAACUUGUAGAAGGUAAUACACCAUCAUUUACCUCGGUUACUAUUAAAAAUGAACCUGAUGGACAUCAGCUAAAAAGCAAUCUUGGUAAGAGUGUUGAUAAAGCUCUUUCUUCCUGUUCACACGAACUUCUUCACAGUGUGAAGCUUGGGACUUCAGAACCACUAAAAUCCCAGGAGCUUCAAAAAACUUCAGUCAGCCACAAUGACACAGGCAGUGUUUCUUUUACACAAGUGGAUAAACCCUCUCAACAGGAAACUCUGUUCUUAGACAAACUUGACAGUACAAUUCCUCUAAGAGAAAUUGACCCUCCUAUUCGAGAUUCUCCCCAGAGCCCUGAUCCAGAGCCACAGUUUUUGAAACCUAGCAGCACAGAAAAGAGUGACUCUGUAAAGAUUGAUGAAAUCAGAGAAUCUGGGAUGCAUACCUCAGGAUCAGACACAAAAGAACUUGGACAAAGGGGACCACACAUAGAUCCUAGAGAAACAGGAAUUAGAUUCCUGGGGACUAGUAUAAGAGGUCGAGGCAUGAAAGGCUUAAGUGCCAACAUUUGGGGUCUUGAAUCACAGACACAAGACCUAUCUGGUAUGCCAGGAAUGAUCCCAGAUGUAAAGGGUUCAGGCCCUGAUAUGAGACAUAGGGAACCAGAAGUUAGAGAACAAAUGCCUGUACCAACAGUUAAGGAUUCAGAUAUGGGAGAAUCAGGCCCACAGAGCGAAAGGAGAGAUCCAGUCAUGAAGAGCCCUUCAUCAUAUAUACCUGGGCCUGAUGUAAGGGGCACAAGGGGGCCUUUAUCAGCUGUGUACCAUCCAAGUCCUGAAAACCCAGAUUGCAGGCUAGAUGUGAUGGAAAUGGCGAGAGAUCAAUCUUUUAAGGGUCAACAGAUAGAAGGCAUGGUGCAAGAUAUGAUAGGAAGAGGUAAAGGCCAAAACAGUAGGGGUGAAAGUCCACAUGCUGGGGUUAGGGUAUCUCCUAUGAGGAGUAGAGGUGUUAGAGAUCAAAGCACAGGUAUAAUGAGACCAGAUCCAUCUUUUAGGGGUUCAGAAGGAGUUCAAAGGCAACCAAAGCAUGAUGGCAGUCCAAUUUUAGAGGAGAUGCCCCCCCAAAAAAGGGGUUUUCAGGCACAUGGGAGAGAUGAAGAUUUGAGCAGGGUGGGGAGUGGUAAAGAAAGGAGUUUAGAUCCAAACACAACUACAGGUUCAGAGGGCAGAGUUUUAAGGGCAAAUAGAAUAUCUCCAGCAAUGACAGAUAAGAGGUGGGGCCUACAAAGAGGGGAAGAAGUUCCCAUGAGAGGACCAGGGCCAGACAGAAGUUAUGAAAGUGGUGGGUCUAACAUUUCCCACAUUGGUCAACACAGUAGUGGGCCUAGAGAACAUUUCAAGGAGCCAUGUCCCAGUAUUAGGGCUGAAAGGAGUGUGCAUGGCCCUGAUGUAAGAGAAUUAGAAACUAUUAAUGAAUUAAGGAGGCCAGAUAUGGCAGAACGAAGUUAUAUGGGACCUGGUCAAGAUAUAGGUGGUACAAGUGGUUCAGAUAAAAGGGGUGAUGGUAUGGAAAACAUUACAAAUCCAGAUUGGAGAGGUCAAGGACCAGGUGUUGUUUGUCCUGAUAUCAGGGAUCAGAGGAGUCAAAAUAAAGGCUUUGGUCCACAAAUGAGUGGUCCAAAUUGGAGUGACCCAAGAUCAGACAUAAGAGAUGACUGGAGAGGGCCAGAUAGGAGAGUAUCUGAUCAAGUCAGAGGAGGGCCAUUUAUACCAGAUGAAUGGGGAGUCCAUCAGGCUAAUAGGAGAAGUUCAAACAUGGAGAGCCAGGCACCUGACAGGAGAGGUGCUGGAGACUCUGAAAGACCAGGGUUUGAAGUGACUGGUCUAAACAUAGAAGACUUUAGGCAUGACAGGAGAGGACCAGGCGUUCCAGAUGGCAUCAGACCAGAACCUGAGAAGACUGAUCUAGAACCUAGCAUGCAGGGACCAAUGGUUCCACACUUUGUGCGACCGGAACUUGAAAGGAAAGGACUAGAUACAAAGGGUCUGGGGCCUAACAGGAGAGGGCCUGGGGGUCCAUAUUUCAGAGGUCUGGGACCUGAGAGAAAGGGUCCACCCAUGGAGGGUCUAGGAUCUGGCUUAAGAGGACCAGGAGGUCCAGAAAUCAAGGGGCCGUGGCCUGAUAGAAAAGAUCCUGAUAUGGAGGGUACAGGGUAUGAAAGAAGAGGACCAGAAGAUAAAGAUGUCUGGGAACAUGGGCCUGCAGCUAUGGAGGGUCUUGUGCCUGACAGGCGAGGACCUGGAGUUCCAGAUUUCAGAGGACCAGGACCUGAAAGCAGAGGUCCAGCUAUGGAGCAUGCUUUACCUGCCAGAAGAGGACCUGGAGGCCCAGAUUUCAGACGACUAGGACCUGAAAGGAGAGGUCCAGAGAUGGAGGGCCCUGGGCCUGACAGAAGAGAAGCUGGGGGUCCAGAUUUCAGGGGACAAGGACCUGAAAGGAGAGGUCCACCUAUGGAUGGCCCUGGGCUUGACAGGAGAGGACCUGGAGGUCCAGAUUUUAGAGGACCAGGACCUGAGAGGAGAGGUUUAUCUAUGGAGCGUCAUGAUAGAGGAGGUCUGGCAAUGGAGGCUCCAGGACCUGACAGAAGAGGACCUGGAGGUCCAGAAUUCAGACGACCAGGACCUGAGAGGAGAGGUUCAUCUAUGGAGCGUCAUGAAAGGAGAGGUGCAGUUAUGGAGGGUCCUGGACCUGAUAGGAGAGGACCUGGAGGUCCAGAUUUCAGAGGACCAUGGCCUGAGAGGAGAGGUUUAUCGUUGGAACAUCUUGAAAGGAGAGGUCCAGCUAUGGAGGAUCCUGGGCCUGAUAGGAGAGGACCUGGAGGUUCAGCUUUCAGGGGACCAGGCCCCGAAAGGAGAGGUCCAUCUAUGGAGGAUCUUGGGCCUGAUUGGAGUGGACCCGGGGGUCCAGAUUUCAGGGGAACUGGGCCUGAAAGGAGAAGCACACCUAUGGAGGGUCCUUGGCCUGACAGGAGAAGGCCUGGAGGUCCAGAUUUCAGAGGUCCAGGGCCUGAAAGGAGAAGUUUAUCUAUGGAGCACACCGAAAGGAGAGGUCUAGAGUCUUCAGGAUCUGACAGAAGAGGAUCAGGAGGUCCAGAUUUCAGUGGAGUAGGACCUGAUAGGAUUGAUCCUGAUAUGGACACUCAAGAGCCUGACAAGAGAGGACCAAGACAUCUAGAAUUCCAUGGACCAGGGCCUGAAAGGAGAGGUCUAGCCAUGGAUGGACCAGGACCUUUUAGGAGAGAACCAGUAGCCCCAGAUUGUGGUCCUGGGUCAGACUUAACAGGAAUGGUGCCUGAAAGAACUGGUCCAGAAGCCACAGGACCUCACAGUAGAGGACAGAGAGGAUCACACUUCAGGGGCCCUGGACCAGAGAGUGGACACCCAAAUAUUGAGGGCCCAGUGCCUGAAAGGAGAGGUACAGACAUCAGGGGACCAAGGCCUGACAGACCAUUUUCCAGUAUAGAGGGUCCAGGGCCUCACAGGAGAGUGCCGGGAGGUCCAGGCAUGAGGAGGCCCAAUACAGACCCAAACAGAGAAGGCCUAGGGCCUGACAGGAGAGGACUCGAAGAUCCAAAUUUCAGAGGUUCUAUGUCAGAGAGAAUACCUCCAGAAAUGGAGGGAACUGAAAACAACUGGAGCUUUCCAGGUGGCCCACAGUUCAGGGGUCCUAAUCCAGAAAGAAGACCUUCAGAUAUGGAGGGCCCAGAGUCUGAUAGGAAAGGUCCACACUUCAAAGGAGUAAGACCUGAAAGAACUUUUUUGGAGGGUCCAGGGCCUGAUAGGAAAUGUCCAAGAGGUCCUGAUUUUAGAAUACCAGGUUACGAAAGUAGAGGUCCAGAUAUUGAGGGCCCUGAUCCUGAUAGGCAAGAGCCAGGAGGCCCAGGCUUCAGAGAGCUUCGGGAUGAAAGGAUAGGUCCAGAUAUGGAGGGCCCAGGACCAGACUGGAGAAGAUCAGGUGGCCCAGACUUUAAAGCCCCAGGCAUCAGGCAGAAAGGUCCAAAUACAGAAGGUCUAAGACAUAGAAAAGAUGACUGGGGAAUUGCUGACUUUAGAGGGUCAGAACCUAUCCAUAUGAACCCAGAUUCAGAGAGCCAAAGACCUGAUAGAACAGGUAGAAACUUGAGAGGUUCAAGACCUGUAAGAGGAAACAGAGGACUAGGGCCAGAUAGGAGCAGUCUAACCCGGGGAGAAAGAUGGAAAGGGCCGGAUUACAGGGGCUCUGAAACUGAAAGAAGAGGCACAGACACAGAGGAACAAUGGUCAGAUGGAAGAGGGCCCGAUAUGGAUUCUGUAGAAAAUGGAAGAGAAUGUUCAAGUGAUGAUUGGGAAAGGCAUGGUAACAGGGGUCCAGGCCCCAUCCAAGAAGGUCCUGGUGACCAGGUUGAAGAAUAUAGUAGGUAUGUUCCUCCUAGAGAGUGGAGAGGCCCUGGAUGUAGGGGACCAAGGGUCAUGCAGGAAAGGCCAAAUAUGCCAUUUCGGGGGCAUUUGAGAGGUCCAGGAGAUGAUUGGAGUGGCCCUAAUUUCAGGCGUCCAGGGCCUGUCCAAGGUAACCCAGACAUGGUAUGCCCUGGGCCUGUUAGGGAAGGACCUGGAAAUGAUAGAGGGAGGGCAAGGCCAAACAGAAGGGGACCUGGACCAUUUAGGAGAGGUUUAGGAAUGAGAGAAUUAGGAUCAGAUAUGAGACAGGGUCCAGAUAUAGGGAAUGAAUGGAAGCAGUCAGACUUCAGGGGUAAUAUGAGAGGGCCAAACACGGAAGGACCCGAGGCUCAUGAGGGCGCUCCAGACUUAAUAAAGUCAGGCCACAACAGGAGAGGAUUUGAAAUGGAGGGUCUUGAUAGAAGAGGCCCAAGAGGUCCCAAUUUAAGAGGAUCAGUGCCUGAAAACAGAAAUUCAAUCAUUGAUGGUAAAACAGAUAUGAGGGGACCAGCACCUGAAUAUUCAGAUAUAAGACAUAGGCCUAGAAAGUGGGAUACAAACACUGAGGGCCCUGAGUUUGAUGGAGGCGGUCUAGGCAUAAUGGGCUCAGGGUUAGACUCAAGGAAGUCUGAGCCAAUCAUGAUGGAUGACAUAAAAGGGUCAGAUAUAAGGGGCCCAGGGUGUGAUAGCAGAGGGUCAGACAUGACAACAUCAUCUCAUUUCAAUAGCCCUCAUCAAUUUAUGAGAUUUAAAUGCCCUACUGAUCCACAUUCUGCUCUGUACAAUGGACCCCAAGGUCUAUAUCAAAACAGUGGAGAAAAGUCAUGCUCCCGUUUUGACAAUCUACAAAAUCAACAGGCUUUAAAGCCCCAGAGACAGAGAGCUGCCUUACUUCCCACUCCUACAGGUCUUAUGCGUUUCCCAAAUCGUAUGUCUAACAUUCCUGAUGUCUUCAGCCCAAAACGAGUACAAAUGGGUCACCCAACAGACAGGGAGUGGAGAAGAAGUAGACCAGUGAGUCAAGAAAGAGAAUUGGUUAAAGGACAAAGUCAGGAGCAGGAGAGAAGUCCCGCUGGUAAAAUAAGCACCACUGCAGAUAAAGGCAGAGGGGAUGGAGAAAAUGGGAAGAAAACUGAAGUGGCCAAUGAAACGGAUAAACAAGGUGUAUGUGUAUUAGAAACUAAAACCAAUCAAAGUAUGGAUAGUGAUGGAAAUAAAAGCAAUGUUCAGCCAACUUAGAAAUAGGAUAAAGAUCAUGACGCAUUGACCCCUUAAGACAGUAAAGUUAGAUAAGGUAAACUUGCAAAAAGGCUUAGUAUCAAGGAGGUACUAUAGCAUAACACACACUGAAUGUAUUUUUCUCAAGGAAAGUGGUUGUCCGUGUCUUAUUGAAAUUACAACAAGAUCUACAGGCAAAGCCUGUGUGAAAGAUCAGACAUUGUAGCUUGAUAUGAAAAAGCUCAGAGGCACCCUUUUAUGUUGUAGUUUGUCUUGUAUUCAAAGUAUAUACAUUUAUUUUUGUUAUUUGAAUAUGACUAAAUGCCUCUUAAAUUUAAUCAAACACUUGUAAAUUCAACCCGAUGUGCAUUUCUAGUUGGACAUAGUCAGAAGUGUUUUGUACAGAAAAUGUUAUGUUAUUUUGUUUCCUUUUUUUCUUUCUUUUUUUUUAACACAGCCAUAGUGUUAGUACUGUAGCCUUAAUCUGGCCUUUGUGUUCUGCUGAUGAAGAAAAUGGCUUGUUUCAUUGUUCUCUUACAAUGCAAGAGGUCAAUAAAAUGACAUAUACCUUUUUUUAAAAAAA